AUGGGAAUUUAUAAUAUCGAUAAUACUAGUGUUACAGACAUUGGUAAAAAUAAACAAGCGCCUAAAUAUAUUAGUUCUUUUGUUAACUUUCAUAAAAAGAAAAAAAAGCAAAAUUCUACACUUAGUUUUACUAUCGGCAGAACACUAACAUGUAUUGACACGAGAGAAAAUCCGUAUUUGUUAAGACAACAUGAAGAAUUAAAAAAAUUGAAGGAAAAUUUUGCGUACAAUGACAGCAAAAAAAGGAUAACAUUAAGAAGCAGACCAAAUAUUCGGUAUGGUACUGAUAUGAAAAAACAAAAUAUGUUAAAAAAUACCAGAAAAAAUGGUUUACGUAGACCACAGUUAAUAGAUAUGAAAUUAGAUAAAUAUGAAAAUUUCCUGUUAGAUGAUAAACAAAUUACAAAAUAUAAAUUGGGAAAAGGAAAUAAAAAAGAUAUUACUUCAGAAAGUAAUCAACAAAAUACAGUGAACACUUUAAAAAUAUUAAGAGAAAACUUGCUAAAUAACCCAUUUAUAAGAGAAUUAAUGAUAAAAGAAUUAGAUAAUGUUCUGUUAGGAAAUGAGUUUAAUGCAGAAUAUAUAUUAAAAGAAUUAAACAACAAUUUAUUAGCUAAUACAAAGUUAGGAUUAUCAGAAUUAAAAACUCUAGAACAAGUUAUAUUAUAUAACAAACAAAUUAAAGAAGCAAAAAUAAAAGAGAUAAAAUCAAUUCUGUUAAAUAAUAAGGCAUUAAGUGAAUCUCAACUAAUUGAAUUAAAAUUAAUGAUUAGUGACAUAUUAAGUGAUUAUUCUAAUUUAAAAGGUAAUUCACAAACACGCUAUAUAGACUUUUUAAAUAAAUGUAUCUUAAAUAGCAAUUAUAGAUUACCAAACAUUACCGAUGUCUUAAACAAUGCACAUUUAAGCAACAAAAAAAAAUUAACAAAAAAAGAUUUUUCCAUAAACAAAAGUGACACUAUAAACAAAAAUAAUUUAUCACAUGAAGAUAUCUCUAUUAAGGAAAGUUAUAUAAUCAACAAAAAAGAGCAAUUGAAAAGAAGGGAAACUAUUAGAGAAAGCGAUAAAAUUAAGAAAAGUUUAAUCCAUGAAGAUAUCCUAACAAAAGAAACAGAUAGCGUUGAUAAAAACGAGUCAUUACAGAAAGAGGAUAUUAUCAAUGUAAGUGAUAAAAUUAAGAAAAGUUUAACACAUAAAGAUGUCUCUAUAAGGAAAACUGAAGAAACCGAUAAAAAAGAGCAUUUUCAAAAGAAGGAUUCAUUUAAUGAAAGUGAUAUUACUAAAGAAAGUUUGUUACAUAAAGAAAUCCCUACAAAUGAAAUUGAUGGAACCAAUAAAAAAGAGAUAUUGCAAAAAAAGGAUUUCAUCAGUGUACGUCAUGAAAUUAAGAAAAAUUUAAUAAAUUCAUAUGUCAAUACAAAGGAAACCGAUAGAAUCAAUCAGAGAGAGCUACUGCAGAAAUUGCAAUCCAUUAGAACACGUGAUAAAAUUAUGGAAAAAUUAUCAAAUAAAUAUAUACAUACAAAGAAAUAUAGUGCAAUACAUGAAAAAGAGCCACUGCAAAAAAAGGAUUCAUUUAAUGAAAGUGAUAUUACUAAAGAAAGUUUGUUACAUAAAGAAAUUCCUACAAAUGAAAUUGAUGUAACCAAUAAAAAAGAGAAAUUGCAAAAAACAGAUCCCAUUAGUGAAAGUGAUAAAAGUAUAGAAAGUUUAAUACAUAAAGACGUCCUUACAAAGCAAAUUGAUGGAACUGAUAAAAAGGAGUUAUUCCAGGAAAAAGAUUUCAUUAGUGUAGAUGACAGAAUUGAGGAAAGUUUAUUACCUAAGGAUUUCUCUACAAAAGAAAUUGAUGAAACUAAUAAAAAGGAACUAUUGAACAAAAGGGAUUUAUUUAAUGAAAGUGAUAGAUAUAAAGAAGAUGAGACUCUAAAAGAUAAAAAUCAUGUUAUAAAUAUGCAUACAGGUGAUAAAAAAAAGGAAGAUGAAUUAUCAAAAGAAAAAAAACAUAUCACAAAUAUACAUAUAUGUGAUAAAAAAAAGGAAGAUAAAUUAUCAAAAGAAAAAAAACAUAUCAUAAAUAUACAUAUGAGGGAUAAAAACGAGCAAAAUGAAUUAUCAAGAGAAAAUAUAAAUGUUAUAGACAUAUAUAUGAGCGAUAAAACAGAGGACGAUGAAUUAUCAAAAGAAAAAAAAUACAUCAUAGAUACACAUAUUAGUGACAUAAAAAAGCAAGAUGAAUUAUCAAAAGAAAAAAAACACAUCAUAGAUAUACAUAUGAGUAAUAAGAAUAAGAAAGGCGAAUUAUUACAAAAAAUUUAUAGUAUAAAUAAAGAUAACAAAACGAAGGAAAACCAGUUACCAAAAAAAAAAGAAUGGAAUAUAGAUAUAAUCAUGAAUGAUAAAAAAAAAAAAAAAAAAAAGUUAUUAAAUGAAAAACCAUGGAAUAUAAAUACAUAUAUGGAUGAUGAGUCUACAGACACCGAAUUAUUUCAAGAAAUAAAUCCUAUAAAUGUAAUUGACGUAGAUACCAAAGAUCCAUUAUAUGAAGUACUACAGGACUCUCUUUUUGAUAGCGUCCUUAACGUAGAAGUUAAAAAACCAUCUGAUAAAUUAAUAACUUUAAAAAAAGCAUUUAAGUAUGGAGUUCCUGUCUUAGCAGCAUGCAUUGCACUACCACUUCUUAUAGUAUAUUAUACACCUACAACUGGUAUAGAAGUAUUUAAUGAAGCUUUUAAAGCAGGUGUAACAGCAGGCGUAUCUACGAUGACAUCUUGUACAAUUAAUUCUAUAACUAAUCACAUUAUACCAGCAAUACUUCAACUACCAAAUAUAAUCAUUCCUAGUGUUACUGCGGCUGCAAAUACUGUAGCUUCUUCCGUUGGCGGAAUUUUUGGAAAUUUCCUUUCACUUGCAACUGAAACACUUAGUGCCUUUACUGAAAAGGGAAGAACAUCUAGUGUAGUUACUAAUACAUUUACAAGUAAUGUUCGUUCCGGUGUUAACACUAUUGCAUCAUGUGCACUUAGGACAGCUCCAGAUGCAGCUUAUAAUGCAGGUUCAGCAGUGGGGAUACAAGCUGGUCUCAUGCAUAGUAUGUUUCCAUCACUUAUGGCUGUUAGCGUUUUAAUAAUUUUUUAUGCUCUUUUUAAAUUAAUUUUAUAUCUAUAUAAAAAGGGUAAGCUGAAAUUCCUCCAUAAAUUAAAAAAAAGAUUAUUGCUCUCCUUAACUAAAAUUAAACAUCAUAAUCGAUUAAAAAGAAGGAAAAAAAGGAUCCAAAAAUUAUUGAAUACAUCUAUUUCGUAA